GAGUUCCAGUUCCGGGUCGGGGAGAAUGGAACGCAUACGGCCGGAGAAAACGCCUCGACAAAGAGUGCAGUCUGUCUGGCGUAACGUUCGCUGGGCGGAAUCAUUUCCUGACGAAUCUCUCAGCAUGGAAUCUUCGGAAUUAACUCCAAACUUUGCCUUACGAAGGAUAGUAUUACUUUUCGAGACCAAAAAAUACGACGAGUGCGCCACUCUCAUCCGUCGGUUAAAUUGUGUUACUUUUGGAAAUAUUCUUCAGGAGGUUCCGAUGGAGGUCCUGUUAGAUUCCAUGCCUUUUAGUCUUUCUAUUUUAGAGGCCCUCUAUGUCAAACUUUAUGAAACCACCCUGGAGACAUACCCAAAGGAGCACCUGCACAUGGACCUCCUCAUCAAACGGAUGGUGGCUUGUUUCGCCAGAAUGUCCCAAUCUGGUAACAGAGCUGAGAAAAACUGUAACAGCUUCUAUCCCUCGUGCAGGAAUAUCUUACGUGUUGUUUCUUAUGUUGAACCGAAUGUAAAGCAACAAUUAAAACAGAAAAAGAAGGCUUUAGACAGGUGUUUAAAACACAUGGGGCAGCAUGGCCUUGUCGAAUCGUCCUGUGGAAGCCUCAUGAACCUUCACGAUGCUUUAAAAUUGGAAUUAGAUAAAAUUGUCUUUCAGUAUCGAAACGCCUUACAAAAACUCGAUGAGCUCAGUCUAUCAGCAAAACACCCGACUAGCAGUUCUGUCACGUCCGGUAAAGCUCCUACCGAAGUUAGCCACCAAAGACUCGUGCAAAUGACAAGAGCAGACGUUCAAAGCAGGAUUAUUAAAAACAAAACCUUAUUCAACAUUGUAGAACCCGCAGUGACAAAUCAGUGCUUGAAAAAGUUAUUCCACAUUUUGGAAAAACGGAUUGAAUACGAUAAAAUUGCAUUGUUUCAUGACACCGAGCUUCGCAAACAUUGUGAUAAUAUUUCAGAGGAGGCUUAUCUGUCUGUUAUCAUGAAGCAGUUUUCUCAAGGAUACAGCAUAGUUUUGCAGCUUUUAAAGGAGGUGUCCGAAAUUGAUGAGGUAACUUCCGAGGAUGAUGACGUAGGUAUGAUUUCCAGUGACGAAGACAUAAUGACGCCUAUCACCCGAAUGGACCGAUCAAGGACAUUCAAUGGAUUUACGCAUAUUUUACCCCACAAAGCAAAUGGGCUUCGCCCUUCAAUCAUUUCCAGUCCAUUUCCAUGUAAACCAGUAACAGCGGGCUCUAACGGCCUGACGAAUGGUCACGCCACAGUAACCGCUUCACCCCUGUCUUCCCUGACGUCCGUCUUCCUAACUAAUGGUAGUCGCCAUACCAAUGGACAUGGACAUGCGGACACCGUGGAAAAACUUGAACAGGAAGUUAAAGCUUUAAAGUCUGAACUACAGAAAAGUCAAGAAGCAAUCAAGAAACUGCAGGAAAGAGAGAGACAACUGCUAGAAAGAACGCCAUUGGAUGCUCACAGUCUUUAUAAUGGAAGUUUAAACAGUCAUUUUGAGGAUCUGUCAGUGACGAGUCGAGCCUCAGAACUUAUAGGCCAGUACGGAGACCUUUAUAGUAUUACCCGUCUGGAAACAUUGGACGCUCUAGAUGCUAUAGGACAGCUCAGUGACCUCUCAGUACUUAAAGAAAAGAUUCUGUUCUCGGUAGUUGUGUUGUCCUUUCGUGGCGCUCAGCAGGCUGUCCAUGAGCUUAGGGGCAAAGUUCGACAUUUACUCAACCUUCCACAUCCAGAUGCCCAAAGGAAUCAUUCUGAUCCUUUAUCAAAUCAUAUGGAGACACAAAUUGCUCAAUACCUCUGCAAGACAGCAGGAAACUUUGAUGUUUCUAAAACAAUUGACGAAGUUUGCUCACAAAUCUACGCAACAUUGUAUGACUAUCCAGUUUUGAAGGACUGUCAAGGAUUAAGGCUUUACGUAUCUUCGUGUGUUCAGAUUGCAUGGGGACUGUCUGUGCAAAAUCCGCCCUUCCUUAUCAUUUACGAUGCACGGCAGUUUCAUCCUGAAAUGCAUACCCGACAUCAUUCCUCAAAUCCCGAGUCCGAGGAAAUUCAAAACUUUGUGUGGCCUGCUCUCACUGAAGGCUAUGGUGGUCCAUGUGUUUAUAAAGGAGUUGUGAUCACGUGACACCUAAUCCCAGAGGUUGAUGAGAAAACAAUGUGCGAAAUUUGGAAUAAAUGAAGUAUAAAUGAGAUAUGCUUGCUGUAUCAUAUGUUAAAACGGUGUAUAUCCCUCGGUAUCAGUGAAAUGUAGCAACUCAACAUACGGUUUACAUAUAAUAUUUCAGAUAAUGUUGAUAUAAGAAAAAUUUAAACUGAAUUGAAAGUUACUCACAGUCACCGUCGGGUAUAAAUUUGAUACCAGAACGUUUCACAUAUGAAUUCGGGUACCAAGUUUGAACAAGACAGUCCUAAACAACUAUGAUUCGUACAUGUUGCACAUUACGUUACAAAACGUUUAAUGACCCUCCAUGCACUGCACACUAAAGAGUUCUAAUUCCAUGGUAUUUUCCUGCAGUGAGAGUGAU